AUGAGCGCUCCAGAUAUCCAUCAAGUUAACACUAGACGUCGCCUCAAAAUAGACAUCCACACCCAUAUUCUGCCGAAACAUUGGCCUGAUUUGAAAAGAAAAUACGGGUACGGUGGAUGGAUACAACUAGAUCACUAUGAACAAGGAAAAGCACGAAUGCUUCUCGACGGGAAAAACUUUAGAGAGAUAGGUUGCAACUGUUGGUCAGCAGACGAAAGAGUACGAGAGUGUGACACUGCCGGAGUUGAUGUACAGGUUCUCUCGACGGUUCCUGUAAUGUUUUCCUACUCAGCCAAGCCUCAGCAUACCCUCGAUCUUGCUCGAUAUCUUAACGAUCACAUUGCACAAGUAUGUGCCGAGGACCCUAAACGGUUCGUUGGAUUAGGCACAUUACCUAUGCAAGCCCCUGAAUUGGCAGUAGAGGAAUUGAGAAGAUGUAUUAUUGAUUUAGGAUUGGUGGGAAUACAGAUAGGAAGCCAUAUUAAUGAUUGGAAUUUGGAUGCUCCAGAACUGGAACCUAUCUGGGAGGCAUGCGAAGAACUCAAUGCUGCGGUCUUUGUGCAUCCAUGGGAUAUGGAAAACAAAGGAAGAAUGGAAAAAUAUUGGUUUCCAUGGCUAGUCGGAAUGCCAUGUGAAACAACAAUAGCCAUCUGUUCCCUGAUAUUCGGUGGCGUGCUCGAACGCCAUCCUCAAUUGAAAGUCGCUUUUGCCCAUGGUGGAGGAUCAUUUCCGGCUACGCUUGGGCGUAUCAUCCACGGGUUCAAUGUCAGGCCUGACUUGUGUGCAGUCAAGAUAAAAAAAAAUCCCUUAGAAUACAUCAACCGAAUCUUCGUCGACUCUUUGGUGCAUGAUGAGGACACUCUCCAAUUUCUAGUCAAGAAGAUGGGCAUUGAUCGUAUUAUGCUCGGAAGUGAUUAUCCGUUUCCUCUUGGUGAGCAUUGUCCAGGUAAACUAAUCGAUCAGUGUGAUUGGCUGAGUGAAGAGGAUAAGGAGAAGUUGUUGGGGAUAAACACAUUGAAAUUCUUAAAUAUUGAGCAUAAGAAAGAUUUGUUUUUGAGAAAAUAA